AUGACCUCUGCCGCCGAUCAAGUGUCACUGGCAAAAAUCUCUAUGGACCUUUGUUCCAUCCAACUGGAUGCAGAUCGUCAAUUGCUCUGUCUAGGCGUGCUUUCUGCUCUUCUGCCGUUUCUAGAAGCUUGGCUGAUGGUUUCUGCACCAAUCGGUUAUCUCCAUUUUGACGACCCUGCCCAUCUUUCCCACGAGGUUGACGAUAAAUCGAAGAGACUAACAGACAUUCCUGUUACAAUUAUGUCUGAAGAUGAGCCGUCCUAUCCAUCAACUAAACUUGGCGCCGACCCUGUUUUACACCAAAACGAGACAAAUGAAGAUAAGGAGCAUUGCUCUGUCCAAAAGACGCAUAAUCUUAUAGCCGAUACCUCAGAGAAAUCGACUGAUCCAUUCGAAUUAGAAUGCCAGAGUCAGAGUGGUUGGAUACAAACAAUGAGCCAUAUUAAACUACUCUAUUUCUGCCACAAUUAUUCUCAUCCGGAUAGCUCUGGUGGGUUUUGUCUGUCUAUGCUGCCGCUCUGGCUCCUAGUGAUGAAAUUGCAUUUUAAAAUGUUGUAA